AGCUUGUAGAACGUGUUGCUGUGAAUGUUAUUUGUGUAUUCGUAUGGAUUGUAAAAUCGACAAUUUAUAUUCUGUAGUAAGAACCGAGCAGGUUAUACACACGGAACCAAAGGCGCCUGCGCGGACACACGCGGAAGUUAAUUCUGAAGGACGUGGUUGCUCUAGGGGGAUUGGUUUCCUUGCUGUACCAGCGUUCAGGUUUUGGUGACCUGCACCUCUCAUUGAAGGGCCACUCACUCUUCCAUCCAUUAGCACUUCAUGUGUAACCUCUCACCUAUAAUGUUUUAUGUGCAGCCCUCAGCAAAGGAGUACAGAAGAAAUAUGUACAUGUUCAAUGGCUGCUUCUCCUGGAUUCUCAUCCUCUCAGGACUACAGUACACGGAUAGUUUAGAAAUGUGUUGUGUUUUUUCUGUGAUCUUCUGUAUUAUGAUGGCUGAGAGUGAAUUGCAAAGUACAGAACACCCUUCUAUCCCACAGGAGAGCACUACUCAGAGUCAGAUUGUGAUACAGCAUGCUCAGCAGCCACGCUUGUGCAGGUUUUACUCUCAAGGACGCUACUGUCAAUUUGGCCGGAGAUGCCGUUUUCUACACCAACGUAUAGAUGGCAAACGUCCUCAGAAAAAUAAGACAGUCUUACCAAAUGAAAUGGUGGAGCAGAAACAAGAUACCGAAACACCUGUUUCUUCUAGCAAGGAUGAGCAAACCCUUGUCCCACCAAAGAUUAACGCUACUGAACCACAACACAGGCGAUAUCAAAACAGGAAGCUCUGCCGUUACUUUGCUUCAGGCUACUGUUCCAUGGAUCAAAAUUGCAGGUUUUGGCAUCCUCAGGGGAUUCCAGCAGUGCAUGAUGACUUCUCUGAAAACAAGAAACCACCUUGUAGACCUAAGGUGGAGCGACCUUCUGUUAUUCCAAAUGAGAUAAGGACAGAAAAUCUAACUGUAGAGUUGGCCACUAAGCUUAGAGAAACAGAAAUUUCACAACUUUUGAAACGGAUUCCUAAGGACAAACUGAUCAUCCAAGAGAGAGAGGAUGGAAAAGUUACAUAUUAUAGAGUAACUGUGGAGCCUACAGAUCCAGACUGGCCGUUUGACCUAAAGAAAAUAGAGAUUAUGGUGGAGUUCCCAGAAGACUAUCCCACACAGGUUUUCACAAUUCAGAUUCCUGAAGAUCAAGACUUACCAUCUGUUAUGUGCAGGCACGUGUGUGAAGCCUCAAAGACAUGGCUGGAAGCAAAGCAUGCAACCAAUCAGUUGGUUGGAAAAGUGGAGCUUUUGUUUAGACCUUUUCUACAUUGGUUAGAUCGCAACCUAGAGCUCUUGUAUACCGAAGGAGCUCGCCUGUUGAAAAGAGACAUUGAAGCGGAGAAGGCUGGAUUAACAUUUGUGCCAUACCAGCAGUUGCAAGCCGCAGUUACUGUAAAAUCAAGCGAGGAAGAAAAUGUUGAAGAUAAUGGACAACACGACACUGACCUGCAAGAGGAUUUGGAGGAAGAUGACUCAGAUAGCUGGAUAAGUUGUAAUGAGGAUGAUGAAGAUGACCUAGAGCCUGGCACAGGAGAUGGCAUCGGUGAUGGCAUGAGAAGUGUGGAAGGAGGAAGAGAAGAAGGUCCCAGAAAGGGAACAGAAAUGCGGUUCUUGGGAUUACAGUUGGGAGGUGGAGUGGGCACUUUGACUGCACAUCACAUCGUAGUGUCCCUGGAGUGCAACAGGUGUAAAUUAACAGCAGACCUGUCACUGACUGGAAAGCAACCAUGUACAGCACAGUGUGAAAAAUGUAAUAGUCGGAUCUCUGGCAUCUUCCAACCUAGUAUCCUGCACCAGUACUCAACAGUGCUGGGCUAUGUGGAUAUACAAGGGGCCACUGCCAGAGAUCUGGUGUUGCUGGAGUGUACAUUCGUGAUCAGCUGCUUAAAUUGUUCUCAUGAAGAAUCAGUAAAGAGUCUCUCGUACGGCAUCACUAAAGACUUGAAUUGUGUCCAGUGCCAUAGCAAGCUCAGCAUAUUUAGCGAGGCUGCCAGAUUUCAAAAGGUUCAACGUUAUCCUGGAAAAGAUAGUGGUCGCAAAGAUCAUGGUUUUAUCAGAAAGAAGACAUUAAGAGAUCCUUCCAUACAAUCUGGAAAGCCUCUUCCAGACCAAGGCACUUGUAAACAUUACAGAAAAAGCUGCCGCUGGCUAAGGUUUCCAUGCUGUGGGAAAGCUUACCCAUGUGAUACUUGCCAUGAUGAAGCUGAAAACCAUGAAAUGGAGUUGGCUUCACGAAUGUUAUGUGGUUUUUGUGCAAAGGAACAGCCAUACAGUAAUGGAAAGCCAUGCAUUUCAUGCAGGAACAUGAUGAAUAAGAACAUACAUUCCUUACACUGGGAAGGAGGAAGGGGCUGCAGAAAUAAAGCAAAGAUGUCCAGAAAAGACAAACAGAAAUAUUCAAACACCUCAAAGACUAUCUCAAGGAAGAGUGUAAGCAAUAAGUAGCUUUCUUCUUAUCCAGUGUACAUAUAUAGUCUUAAGAGGUUUCACAUCCCAUUCUGAGAAAAAGAAAGCUCAUAAUACAGAAAUCAAGAUGACAGAAUGUAGAACAAAGAGCAUAUGGCCCCUUUUCAUCAGUAUGAACGUUAUUCAAUUCAUUGCUUCUGUGUUGUUUCCUCAUUAAAGGGGUUAUAACAGCUUAGUUAUUGAUCCAUGAAAAUAAAAAUCUCUUCCCUGCCCUCUGUAGUUAAUCAUGGUCUGGUAUCACACCGCAGCUUUCUGGAAAAUAGCUAUUACAGUUAUUGAGCCAGAGCCAGAAGUGGAUCUGGCAGGAAACAGAAAUAGAAAUCCUGACUUUAGAUUUCCCUUAUUUUUUAAUUCAAUAUUAGCUUCAGCUCAAAAACUGCAGUGGCAGUUUCCUCAGAAAACUUAAAGGGGUACUGCAGUAUAAGGCAACUUAUCCCCUAUCCAAAGGAUAGGGA